CCUAUAAAUCAUUGGUAAGCUCUAAGUAGCACUGAUUACUGUUCGGGUUUAAAAACUGUGCACAGCUUUUGUGCUAAGUCACCUUCCAACCAAAAUGAGCAUGUGUGUCAGAGAGUCAUUUCCAUGACAGCGUUGUCAUGGUAACUUUGACCACUGAAAACAUUGUUUGGUUCAGUGCUUAUUGGGAUUUCUGUGGUUUCCCAAGAAAGUUGGACGACCUUAGCAACUGGAUGUUAACCUAUACCAGUUGUCGCUGCUAAGUGGGGUUCAUUUUCUUUCUAUUUGAUGAGAUGCUUAUGCGUGAAACAAGUUUCAAAUUCACUUUAAUAAACAGUUGAGAUUUUUGCAUUGAAAAUAAUCUUACGCCUUUGUUAAAUAUUUUAUGUAUCACUUAAAAGUCAAUAAAAAAUGCAGAGUGAUAAAUACUGGGUUGGAACUUGGAGGCCACACAAGCCAAGAGGACCUGUGGCUGCUCUCUAUGGGAGUCCAGGACCUAAGUAUGCUUUGCCUGGACUUAUAGGUAGUGCUCAACGUGACCCUACAAAAUGCAAAGCACCAGUGUUCUCUUUUGGUAUUCGCUGUGAAAAAGCAAAUUCUAACUCCUCUCCUGGACCAACUUACUUAAUACCUUCCAACAUCACCCGACGGGGAAGAAAUGGCACGCCUGCCUUCUCGAUCUCCAGUCGCUCAAAGCAGCCGUUGUUGUUCCGAGCACCAGGACCGGGCCAGUACUCCCCGGAGAACUCAGAAAAGUUAAUUUUCCAUUCACCUCCGGCUUAUUCUCUUUCUGGAAGGAGUAAAGCUGGGAGUACUAAACAAUUACCAGGUCCAGCCACCUACACUCUGCCCCCUAUGCUGGGGCCGAAGUCAGCGGUCACAACUUCAUCACCUACCUACACUCUCUGUGGCCGCAGCAAAAGCGGAAGCUUUCACGAAGACAUGGCAAAGAGUCCAGGCCCAGCUGCUUAUAAAGCUGUAGACCCUUACAUUUAUAAGCAAAAACCUCCACACUUUAGCAUGACAGGCAGAAACUUCAUUCCAGGUGAAGCAGCACAGAAACCAGGCCCAGGGGCAUACUGUCCUGAGAGGGUCACCUUUACAAGAGCCAAAGCUCCAAGUUUUACCUUUGGACUGCGUCAUUCCCAAUAUGUCUCACCCUUCAUCAUGGACGUGGAAUCCUAAUGAAAAAAACUGUAUUCAAUGAAGCAAAAUUCUCAAGA